AUGGGUCACGAAGAGGAGCUGAAACCGGAGCAAGUGGAUCUGAAAGUAUCUCCCUUUGUGGGAUCCCUUCGGCGGACUUGGAACGACUUUUGUGUCACCAGCAGUAUCCAUGGAUUGAGAUACACCCGCGAUGAAGACACCAACAGAAUAGUGCAUCUCGUGUGGCUGCUGAUCUCGCUGGUUAUGUUCACCUGCGCUGUUGUUAUGGCGCACACCUUCUACUUGGACUAUCGCAGCAGUCCAACGCGAAUGAAUGUGGAAAGUGACAGCACUCCAGUCAGCAUUCUUCACUUUCCACCGGUCACCAUUUGCCCAGAUGCCCUUUUCAACAUGCAAAAGUCUGAGGCUUUCCUUACAACUGUCCAACUCCCUCAAGGAUCUGAUUUACGAACCAUUCUUAGGAAACUUCACAUUUUCUACGGUUUUAUGCUGGAUGAUGAACGUUACACUGGCGAUGAAAUCGAUCUAAUGGAGUCCUUACUCUCCCUCAACAACCUCACAAUUCAACAGCUGGUGGAACAUCUGCGUUGGAACUGUGAUGAAAUCCUGUAUCGCUGUAGAUUCAAUGGUGAUAUAGUGGAUUGUUCAACGAUUUUUCAGCUGUCCAAGACUUUUUUCGGACACUGUUGUUCAUUUAAUUUGCGACAAAAGGGUCUCAACUUCACUGCACGGAAAGCUAUUGGAAGCCAAAAAUAUGGCCUUUCCAUGGUCCUAAGGCUAAAAGACGACAAGUAUGAUCCAGUACAGUCGUUGUCUUAUGGCGUAAAGGUGCUCAUCCAAGAAGCAGACGCUUUUCCCAGUGCCCAUUCUGUUUCUAAAUUUGCGGCCUUCAACACCGAAACUUUUGCUGCCCUUAGACCCCAGGAAACAUUUUGUUCGGCAGCUGUGAAAGCACUGAAUAUUGAGGAGAGGAACUGCGUUUUCCAGAAGGAGUUUCCCCUGAAAUAUUUUCCAGAUUAUGUCUACCCAAAUUGCGAACUGAAUUGUAGGGUCACAAACAUGGUCAAGUUCUGUGGCUGUCACACUUACUUUUUUGACUUUAAUCGCACAAGAGAUCGGAUUUGUACUUUCAGAGAUAUUCCCUGUCUGGUGGAUAACUUUUCGGACAUAAUUACAAGGAAGAGAAGUACCCAAUGUUAUUGUCCACUUACCUGUGAACACUUUGAUUAUGAUGUGCAGAUAUCAAAAUUUCCCCUUCAACUUAACAUGCCAGUGGCGGAUAAGUUUUACUCUGGUUUGGCUGAAAACGAUGGCAUAUUGCAUGUUUUUAUUAACUCCUUCAGCUAUCGUCGCCUUCGGCGUGACUUGCUUUCCAAUAUGGUGACUCUAGUUUCUAACUUGGGAAGUGCUUUUAGUCUUUUUGUAGGCAUGAGCAUGCUCUCAGUUGUCGAGAUCAUCUAUUAUUUCUCAGUUAUUCUUCGCAAAAACUACAUUAUGGAAUGUGAAACUCGGAGUAAAAUGCUUGGUAAGAAGCCAAAGUUCGCCUGGCCCAAAGCAAAUGAGACUCACAGUCAACACCAGAAAUCAGUUUUCAUAAUUCACAAGUCGUAA